CCACUCAACCAUGUGCUAGCUGGAGUAAUCUUUAUUCACAAUGUCUUUACAAAGGCUCAUGCAACAGAGCAGCAAUGGCAAUUUCGUGGAGUACUGCGCUGGUCCAGCGUAUAGCUCUUACCCCACACUCACAGGCAGCUUUCCCAUGGAUGAUAAUAGAAGGCUUCAAAUGCUGGCAGAUACUGUGGCUACUUUGCCUCGGGGAAGAAAGCAGCUUGCUCUGACGAGAUCAAGUUCUUUAGGUGACUUUUCCUGGUCUCAAAGAAAACUUGUUACUGUGGAAAAACAAGAUAAUGGAAAAUUUGGGUUUGAACUUCAGACUUACAGGCUCCAAAACCAGAACACCUGCUCCUCAGAGAUGUGCACCCUGAUCUGCAAAAUCCAGGAGGAUAGCCCAGCACACUGCGCUGGCCUGCAAGCUGGUGAUGUCCUUGCAAAUAUCAAUGGUGUGAGCACAGAAGGUUUCACCCACAAACAAGUGGUUGACCUGAUCAGAUCAUCAGGAAACCUGCUAACGAUAGAGACUCUUAAUGGAACAAUGAUUCUCAAAAGAACAGAGCUUGAGGCAAAGCUGCAAGUUUUAAAGCAAACCUUGAAGAGAAAAUGGGUGGAGUUCAGAUCUCUGCAGUUACAGGAACAGCGCCUGCUUCAUGGUGAUGCAGCUAACUGCCCAAGUUUGGAAAAUAUGGACAUAGAUGAAUCAGCUUUGUUUGGACCCCUGCCUGGUUCAGCUCUCCUGGACCGGAGUCGAUUAUCCAGUGAGAGCAGCUGUAAGAGCUGCCUGAGCUCCAUGACGAUAGACAGUGAGGAUGGGUACCAGACAUGUGUGUCUGAAGACUCGAGCAGGGAAGCCUUCAGCCGGCAGACAAGCACAGAUGAUGAGUGUUUUGUCCUCAAGGAUGGGGAUGAUUUUCUGAAGAGGUGUUCUUCGAGGAGGAACCAGAGCAUUAGUUCUGCUAGUAGUGGGUCCAUGUCUCCCUUGUGGGAAGGCAACUUCUCAAGCAUGUUUGGGACCCUGCCCAGGAAAAGCAGAAGGGGAAGUGUCCGGAAACAGCUCUUAAAAUUCAUCCCUGGCCUUCACCGCGCUGUGGAAGAGGAAGAGAGUCGCUUUUAAUGGGUUGUAGUGCCCUUUCAUAUUAGCUUAUUUCAUAAAUAUCUUCAGAUUCAUUUAGACCAGCUCCACCCAGCUUAGUGGGAAAGUGAAGAUGGAUUGCAAAACUGACAUCCCAUUUCAUGGCAAUAGUGAACUUUAUUUAAAUUUUUGUAUCAUUAUGUUUGCUCCUUCAAUCAUUUUUUUAACCAGAACAACUCAAGUUCUAAGCAGGCAGUAG